CUAUUUAAUUCUUUCAAAUGAAAAUGAAAACUGAUAUUAUAUUAUGGGAUGAGGCAGCGUUCCUUUUCCGGCGUCAACACAAGCCGAUAGCCAUGGGCAAGAUUAUGAAAAGUGGGAAGGUGGUGAUCCUCCUCGGAGGUCGCUUUGCCGGACGGAAGGGAAUCAUCAUCAAGAGCAACGACGAAGGCACCACAGACCGUCCCUAUGGUCACUGUCUGGUAGCUGGCGUGGACCGCUACCCCCGGCAGGUCAAGAAGGGCAUGAGCAAAAAGAAGAUUGCCAGGCGCACUCGCAUCAAGCCUUUCGUCAGGGUUGUGAACCUGAACCACAUGAUGCCGACCCGCUACACGGUGGACAUUGGUUUCGAGAAGGAUCGUGUGAACAAGGAAACCAUCAAGAACCCCGUGAAGCGCAGGAAGGCCAAGCUGCACAUCAAGCAGAUGCUGGAGGAGCGGUACAAGACGGGCAAGAACAGGUGGUUCUUCCAGAAGCUGAAAUUCUAAGAUCCCUGUGUAUGUCGGCUGAUGAAAUAAAUUAAAAAAA